GUGAUUAUUCGUCGUUUGCCACCCAGUAUGCACAAAAACCUGCUUCUUCAGACAUUGAAUGAAGUGUUCCCUGAAGGCUUGCCAGAUCAUGAUUACUUUAGGUUUUGUGGAAGUGAUCUCAGGUCUGUACAGUCAUUUAAUAUGCAAUACAGUGUACAUAAUCUAAAUCAGGGGCAUAGGAAGCAGGAGUUCGGGGGCCAUGUCCCACCAAUAUUUUCUAAAGGGAGGAGGGAGGCUGGAAUAGCUUUUGUCCCCCCCCCCUCCCAAAAAAAAUCUAAUUUAAAAGAAUCUGAGAAUGCAUUUUCCAACAAAUCUAGAGAUUCGAUUGGGCCCUUCUAAGUUUAUCAAGCUUCCUAUGUGCCCCUGGUCUGAAUGAAGCACCUAAUAAAGCACCUAAUUGUUGCUUACUUACUCCAGGCCUCAUUAAAAGAUGGUGGUUUAUAGCAAACAAUUAUUGGAUAAUACUGAGCGUGAUAUUUAACAAAUAUUGACCAAAGUGGAGGCGAAUAGUGCAAGGCAGGAUAUUCAAAACAAAAAUGACCAAACAAAAACCCAUUUGUAUUACAGCUUCCGCAAUAGUUAUAAACAAAACAGUAUUUACCAGCUUUUUUGUGAAUAGUGCAAGGAUAUCCAGAGCUGAGAAACUGAUCAAAUUGCGCGAAAUGCAUUAUACACCUCCCGUUCGAGUAUGUGCUAACAAAUGAAUAAUUAUUCAGACCGAGGUCAAUGUUAUCACAGUUAUUUUAAUAGAUGGUUUGGGGACUCGAUGAAAGUGCAAUAUAACUCAUUAACUAUGUUAUUGUCCAGCUUUAUGCAAGAAUUUGGUCCUAUCUCGUCACGUUUGUAUUGUAUUUUUGCUCAAAUAACCAAUAACAAGUUUGUGGUUGAGUUAUCCAUCCGUAACUUGAACAAAUGCUCAAUUUAAACAUUGCUAUUGGUUGUGCGGGAAAAAUACAAUACACACGUGACGAGAUAGGCCCAAAUUCUUGCAUAAACCGAAACCAACAUAGUUAAUGAGUUAUAUUGUACUUUCAUCGAGUCUCCAAACCAUGUAUUCUAUUAACUGUGAUGUUAUCUAGCGAAGCUGACGCUGAUAACAUUGACCAAGGUUUGCAAACUCUUGAUAAAUGAUAUCAUAUAUACAUUUAAGGUAGCUCCCUACAGUUGUAAAGAAACAACAGCGGAAUAAUAAGGUCUUCACAAUGACGCAAAAUAUUUGCUAUUUAUGUGAAAUGGGGAUUUUUUGGAAGUAGAAACGCUUGCGUAAUCUAGUAUACUUCAAGCAUAGCCGUUCGAAAGAAGCAAAUUGUGUGUUGCUGUUGUAACAAUGUGGCCUGAGCGACAGCAGACAAAGAUCAAAUUUUGGACUAAAAAUGAAUUUAUUAAAAUUUACUUCGGUCAAAGUUUCUGAAAUUUUGUAGGUAUAAAGGGAAUAUCUACUGGAAGAUUAAUAUUAAAACAAUAGGGGGGAGGGGUUAUAAAUUCAGGUUUUGAGAUAUUACGCGAAAUUUGUUCCACAAAAACUUUUAUAGAAUAUUUUGAAAAUUUAAUGUAUUGCAAUAAAUGACUAGUACUUCUAAAAUAAAAACUUUCAGAAAAAUGACCGAAGGAAAAAAAGUUAUUACAUUACAAACCUUGCACGGUCAAAUAAAAUUUUUGCUGACGUGAUAAAAUUUCGACUCGGCACGUUCAUGUCAUUUUGUUACCAGUCCCAUGCUUAAACAACUGUAGGGCGCCACCUUGAGCUGAAUCAACUUCAAAUGAAAAAUGUGUAAAAGAUGAAAAGAAAACGCGGUAUUUACACGGAGAAAAUAUAAUAAAUACCUGUAGAAAAUAGUUUUGCAUUGUUGCGUGACAUCUUUCUGACAAUAAUUUGAAGAAUUCUUCUUUGUUUAGAGAAGCGAAUCUACUACAAGCCAUUUUUCGGGCUUCUAAAAUUUCGCGUUUUAUUACGAUCAAUAGGGCUCUACAGUGUGCGAUAAUCUUUUUUGGAAACAACUUGCUCCAAACAUUUAUUGCACACUCACACGUCAGCAAUGGAAAUAACGUGGCAUUACUGGGUAUUUAAUAAUUAAUUAAUUAGUCACCGACGGCGAGGUGACUAUGUAGGCUUAUGAUCACCGAUUCUGAGGCGGCGAACACAAAAUACUGUGAAAUCAAUAGAAAGGUUGUACUGUACCUUCAAAAGUAUUAAUUAUACAUUCUUCUUGAAAUUAGUUUCUUUUUUGUCAAUUUAAACUUCUGAACAUGCUCAGAAAAAAAAAUUUUCCGCAAACAAGCCGUCCUGUAUGAAUGUAUGAUGACAUAAAUUAAUGUUCUCUCUGGUGUCUGCAGUGUUCUAAUUUCUGCGAGGGGGGUUUGACUCAUGCCCUAUGUUGUUAUAUGUACCCUUCUGUUGCAUGUGAGAGUAGUGACCGGAUUUAUGAAGUAACAAAACAAAUUAAAUUGAUCGUAUUCAAGUUUGAGUAACAAGUAAACUUGUUCUUUUUUAGUUUUUCCCCUAUUCCAUUUUCUCGCGCAUACAUUAAUUUCAAGCAUUCAGUGGACAUCUUAAAUUUUAAAGAGAAACUAGAUGGAUAUGUGUUUACGGAUGGCAAAGGUAAUUUACAUACUCCUACUUAUUGGUGGAAGAUGAGCAACAAGACUGAAAUACUGCCUUCCCAAAAACUGGAAGUUCCUCCCACCGAAUAUGUUUUUAACAAGACCUGUUUGAGCCCGGCUAGCCGGGGUGAGCAAGUGAAAAUUUACUUGUAA